AUGCAGCUCAUGAACGAAAGCAGCGACGCCGUUCUGAGCGUCUACGUGGAGCCCUGGGAUGCCAGCAGCUUCGUCUUGCUUCCGGGCCUUGUGGAGUUUCGAGUUCUUCUCCCCGACGAUCUGCCCCGCAGACUCAAGGUCGUCGUGCCACCGUACAGCUUCAUGGGCGCAGACAGCCGACCAGGCAGCUUGGCAGGGCCCCUUGCCCAGUACGAGCUGGAAAUCGACACCGGCGAGGAUCCCACAGUCGAUAUCGCGAGGCCAAGGGUGCUCCCUGAUGGCUGCUUCCCAGCGCCAGGGGCGCAGUAUGUGGCCGCCGACACGUCGAUCACGAUGUACUUCAGUGAGGAGGUCGUCGUGGGAACGGGCAGCCUUCUUUUUUGCGAUGCGACGCGCUCACACGAGGAUCCCGAGCGCUGCUCUUUGGCAACCUUCGCGGACGGUUCCGCCGCAUCGCUGGACGUGCGCCGUUUCGCCGAUGUCCGGCGCAGGAUCGUCACCUGGCGGCUGCCGCAGGUCCUUGCCUUCGGCCAGAGAAUUCGCCUGGUGAUGCCAGAGGGCCUUUUCGUUGCGGAGGGCCGGCCGGUGGCGGCCGCGGCCUACCAUGGUGGGAGCUUCUCCAUCCAGGAGGGCGACGUCAUCCCUCCGGUGAUACUCGCUGUGCAGAUCACAGAAGAGCCACACGGCACGGUGGUAUUGAUCUUCUCAGAGGCUGUCAUGUUCGAGGGUGCGAUUGGCAACAGAGGAAUGCUUGAGCUGAUCGAUGCAGACUCCGAGGCCGAGCUCUACUACGAUGCGACGGUGGAGCGCAACCGGGUCACCAUCCACGGCCCAUUCCAUCCAGGUCGAAGGUACUCUUUGCGAUCUUCUGCGUCCGCACUUCUCGAUCUGGCUGGCAAUCGAGCUCUCGACAUGCCCUUGCACCCUGAGAUCAUAGAGAUCAGCGAUGAUACCGAUGGUCCGGAGGUCGAGUUACCCAUGCACCGCGAGAUGCAGAUGCACGACACUUUCUCGAUUCGGUUUGAUGAGGCCGUACUGCCUGGGAACAGCUCCAUCAUGCUGGAGUCCAUGCCACCACCAUACUGUGGCAUCGGCUGCGGCAGGCACGAGGUCAGCUCUUGGUCCCUGACCGCUCUGUGGCAUGUGCACUUCGAGGAGAGUGGUGGCUUACGCAGUCUUCUGCAGGUGGUGCCAGAGAGGCCGCUGCUUCCAGGAUUCACCUAUGCUCUCGUGGUUCCUCCAGAGUUGGCUAUUGACACAGUCGGCAAUGUCCAGUCGGAAGGGGCCUCCGGCCAUUAUGUCGUAGCGCUGCAACGGGAUGUUACACCACCACAUCUCGUUGCGGCAAUGAUUGACGGCCGGGCUGCGCCGACCAUCUUUGACCAGGAUGUCUCAGCCAGGGGGCUGGAGCUGGUCUUCAGCGAGUCUCUGCAACCGCUCGACACAUCCGCCUCCCCACUUUUGCUGGUCCCGGACAACGGUGGAGAUCGCUGCAGCGAGAAUGGUGCCUGUAUGCCACGCAGGAACUGCUCGUUUCCGUGCAGCUUCAUACCAGCAAGCCGGUCAGUCACCAUUCCAGCAGCCAGCUUGGAAGUGAGGGGGCCCAUCGUCAGUGUGGACCUUGCGCACUUGCCGUCGUUGGAGUAUGGCCAUGGCUACAGGCUGCACGUGCAAGAAGAUCUAUUUCUGGACAUGGCUGGCAAUGCAGGUGUUGCCGCAGAACGAAGCGGACCAGCUGAGUUGGUUUUCGAGGUGGCAAACUCCGAGGAUGAAAUUGCAGAUGAUCCGGAAAUCGUGGCGACCUUUCCGGCAGAUGGAGAGCUGAUGGUUCCGCAAACUUCGGCCUUGCAGAUCACGUUUGACCGGCCCAUCCAGGUGGGUUCGGGAGACUUUGUCCUCGUCCCAACGAGAGAACUCAAUGGGAGCGUGUAUGGCAUCCGAGAGCAGAAUGCCUCGCGAAGUGAUGAGCACCAGCAUGAUGUCGACGAUGAGAACAACAGCGAUGACAACCAGAGUACCGAAAUGUGGGGAGACGACAGCUCCGCUGGUCCAAUGCGCCCGAAUUUCACGACCAUGGCAGAUGCGGUGAUGAUCUCGGCAGCAAGCUGCCAUGCUUCACGUGCUACGGUGACCUGCCUGCCUCCGGCUCUUCCUCGUGGGAUGGAGUAUGCCAUUGGCUACACGCACGGAGCACUGCAGGUCCAGGGCCGGCCUGUUGCAUCGGGGCCUCUCGGGCGUCUUCCUUCCUUCCAGGUCAUCGACCGGAGCUACAUGUUUCUGAGUGUCAACGCAGUCUUCCCAUCGGGCCAGCCCAAGCCGAAGCCAGCAGAAGACGAAGAGCACGGACAGCCGCCUGGGCCGCCUGGGCCGCCUCGUCGUCUCAGCCACGGUGAAGACGAAGACGACGACGAGGCCUUCGCACUCAGCCCGAAGCCCCAAUGGUAUGCCGCAAAAGGGGCCACCAUGGCAAUCAACUUCUCGGCUCGAGUCCAGUUUGGGGCUGGGCGACUUCUGAUUGUGGACUGCUCUCCGGGCAACGCCUCGAGGUGCUUCGAUGGCAUCUCAGAGUUGGUGGCAGAUGAAGAAGUCAUGACCAUCGAGGUCACAUCUGACGUCGCUGCGGAGCACAUCCUUCUUGAUGGCAUGCAGGCCAUGCUGGUGUCUUCCGGGCUGCGGCCUGGCAGGCUUCAUGCCUUGCGCAGCCACGUGCUGGGAGUCUUCCGGGACGAGGACGGGAACCCUCUGCUGCCUUUGACUUCCGGCCUCGAGUUUUGGGUCCAGCCAGACGACAGCCGCUUUCCGGAGAUCCUGCGGCAGGUGCCGGCACACAUGGGCCAUGCAGCCAGCAACAGCAACAUUACGUUGUUCUUCAACGAAGACCUGCAGGCGGAUGUCAAUGGCACCAUCAAUAUCAGCGAUGGUAUGCAGGAGGAAAUCAUCUCCCUUUCCGCCCCGAGCAACUUGCCUGGGAUGGGCUAUGUGCUACUUCAGGGCUCCAUGGUUGUCAUCAACCCCGCGAUGGACUUUGGCCUAGAUCGAGAGGUGACCGUCACCUUCGACCACGGGAUCUUUCGCGACUUUGCCGGCAACCCUUUCAGAGGGUUGCAGGAGGGUGAGUAUGUCUUCCACUCAGCGCCGGCGGCGUUUUCGCUGAUCGCUCCAUAUGUGCGCUACCCAAAUUUCCGUGAGCCGCGCUUCACACCAAGGGCCGGUGCAAUGCUGCACCACGUCGAUGGCACCUUUCUUCUCGUCGGGGGCGAGUCCGAAGGCUUUUGCCUGGCCGAUACCUGGGUCUCUCAGACUGGUGUCGACUGGACACAGGUCGAAGGCGUGAUUUCCCAGGACUUUUUUCGAGCGAUUCCCCUUAUCGCCCACUCGCCCUCGGUCCUGGACAAAGACGGUUGCGUUUGGAUUCUUGGUGGGCAGUGCAAUGACGAUUCUGGAACUCUGUGGAAGACGUGUGACAUUGGGCGUUCCUGGAUGCACAUGCCCAGAUCCCGCGCCAUCCCUUUUGGCCAGGAAGUGCCGCCCAGCUUCCCAGCAACCUUUCGAGAUCAUGCGUUGGCGAUCUUGGGGGGUUGGCAGCUGGUAAUAGCGGAUGUCUCGCCGGACAGCAGCGAAGCCAUUUGGAGAUUUGUGGCCCCGGAUGCCGAAAGGGUUCAGCGAGUUGGAGGUGGGCGUGCCGACGAUCCCAGCCUUGCCGCCCCACUGGGCUUCGGCCUCCGUCGAUCCCCCAAACUGCUGGCCACCUCCACUGCUGGACUCUUCCUCCUCGGAGGCCACCUGUGCGCCCCGGGGGAGAGUCUCUGCACUGCGGUUUUCAGCGAUGUUUGGUUUAGUCCAGACGGUGGUGCUCAUUGGCAUUGCAAGACGAAGAGCUACGCAGCGGGAUGGGACAUGUUUCAACUCCUCAGCUGGCAUGGUGUCGGCAUCCACUUCAGGGCAGAGGUGACGCAGGACGACACCAUCUACGUGCUUGGGGGCCAGAUCCCGGGGACCGAGGAAGCUUCUGCUUUCGUUUACCAGUCAUACAUUGGUGUUGAAGACGUGUACCUGACGGACAGAGAGCCCUUCAUGAUCCUGCCCGGGUCCAUCGAGAUGGGGGAGCCCCCUGCGCUUCCCACAGACGUCUUCCGACUCUUCUUCGGGGAGGAGGUGAGGCCGCAGCCUGGGCGUCAUGCGCGCUUCGUCGAGCUGCCUGGCAACUACACAUACGAGAAUGACACGGAACUGGGAGAAGGAAUGGAUGGCUCGGAUGUCAGAGAAGCGACGAUCUCCCCGAACGGGAAGGAGCUCGUCCUUCGGCCGCUCAUGCCACUUCUUCAGGGACGGCGCUACCAAGUUGAGAUCGAUGCCCACGUAGUCGAGGACCGGGCUGGAAACCAUUUCCGUCAUCUGGCCGGUCCGGGGCUUCAGGUCCACAUCCUCGAAGAUCGAGAGGUGCCGCGCCUCACGUCGAUGAUGCCCGGCAGUGGCUCGACAGGAGUCGAACCCUGGGCUGUGCUUACCUUGACCUUCAGCGAGGCUGUUGAGAUUGGACACGGCAGCCUCCAGGUGAUGCCCAGGAUCGCUUACGGGGCCAUGUUGGAGCUUCCGGUGUCUGAGGCAGUCCUAGUGCGCGAGAAGGCAAUCUUCAAGCUUCCGCCGGGACAGCGCUACACACCUGAUAUGGAAUAUAUGGUCUCCUUGCCUGCUGGGCUUCUCCGUGAUCGAUUGGGGAACGAGGUUGCAGCUACCACUGCUGGAUCCUUUACCACGCUGAGCGGGGUGGUAACCACGAGCGAUUACUUCGGUGCCGGCAUGCCUCGAAUUCCGCCGGCCGACGAAGCUGUGGAGGGCUUUCCGGACCUUCUGGCAACGUGGCCCUUCCAAGGUGCAACGGACGUACCUCCUCGAGUGAACAUCGAAGUUUUCCUUUACUUCACAGCCCCUGUGGAGUGGACUUCGAUGGGCCAAGUGCGCCUGCGCAACGAGACUGAUGUGAUGAUGACGAUUCCUACCAGCGAGUAUGUGCCAGGGAGGCCCGGACCCCUCGUUGUGCUUCCACAGCACCGCGCUGUGAAGGUGAGACUGCCGACGCCUGGGGGCUUCCCGAUGCUACGGCCUGGGCAGAGCUACACAUUGAUACUGGCACCUGGCUCGCUGCAGGACAUUGGUAUGGGCAAUACGAGCGAAGCCAUCCGGGUGGAGUUCAAGUGUUUGGAGAUGCUGCAGGGCACAGCCAGUCCUCGCGCUGUGGCCGCCGACGUUGCGCAGGGCGAGACCCAGGUGCCGGGAUCGCGGCACAUCUUCAGCGUAUGGUACAGCGAGGACAUCGUAAAGGCCAUUGACCAGAAGCCAGCCGUCUCCUUGCAGCUUUCCGGAGGUGGCCGGGCGGAGCUGCCGGGAGAGAGCCAGGAGGUGCAGAUCCGGGGCAAUCGUCUCACCAUGACCUUCCCACCCCAUGUCAUGGCUUCCGGAGGGGCCGUCACCCUUCGCGUGCCCCGGUUCCUGUUCCUGGACGCAACACGGCGGACAAACAACAUCUUGGAGGGUGGCGGCAAUCCCUCCUUGGAGGCGGAGUUGGCGAUUACAUUCUUCGUCGAGCCAGAGGCAUCGGAUCGGCCAAGCCUAAACUUGACUUAUUGCCGGCCCGCAAACGAAGAGGACCUGGACGCGCCGUUGCACGAGUUUCCAGCGGUGGGGAGCGUCCUCCUCGCAUUCAACGAGCCUGUGACCGGUGGACCCGGGAACGUGACCUUCGUACCCAGGUCCUUCAUGUCGCCAACAAUCGACGUGCCCGGUGUGGCGGCGACCACGGCAGGCAGCUAUGCGCUGCUGUCACCUCAAGGCCUGCUGCCUGGCGAGGUCUACAACGUGACUGUUGCGGAAGACGCUUUCCUGGACCUCGAUGGGUACAUGCUCGAGCCGAUCGACGAGCAGUAUGUCAUUUCUACGAUGCCAGAGCUCAGGUUCUUCCAACUUGGUGAUCAGAACUGGGUUGAUUCGGCAUCAGUGGCACCUGGUGGGCGCAUGGCACCUGCGGCCACCGUGGACUCUGCCAACCGCGUGGUGGUGAUUGGUGGGCGCAGUGGUCGGACCUCUGCUAUUGAGGGCCGUGACAUGAACGACGUGUGGGCUUUGCCCACGCACAAAGAGGUGAACUGCGCCUCGGCCUAUGAAGGCGAGACGAGCUGCUCUCUGGAGGGAUGCGAGCCUGACGAGAUGGGAAGGUAUUUCUUGGGAGAUCAGACUACACGUCGCUUCGUCUGGAGGCGGAAAAGUGCCAGUGGCGGCGAUUGUAUAGCUGCCAGCGGGGAAACGAGGACGGUCAUUGUUGACCUGCUCUGA